AUGCUUUUUUGUCCGUAUUGUGCGAAUAAUCUGACGAUAGGUGAUAGAGAGGACAGUAAUGAUAAAUGCUGGAUAUGUCCAACGUGUCCUUAUCAAUAUAUCAUUGAACGACAAAUAUCGAUGCGAACGCAUCUGAAGCGAAAAGAAGUAGACGACGUAUUAGGUGGGAAAGAAGCAUGGGCAAAUGUAGAUAAGAUCGAUGCUGCUUGCCCUAAAUGCGAUUACAGAAAAGCAUAUUUCCGUCAAUUACAAAUCAGAUCAGCGGAUGAACCUAUGACGACUUUCUACAAAUGCGUGGAUUGUGCUCAUCAAUGGCGAGAAGUAAGUAUACUUACGAUAAGUGUGUAG